GAAACAUAUCCAGAACAGAAGUCGUCAUGGUUUUCCGGGAUGACGUUUACAUCUUUUGCCGAGAUUCUAGUGGAACUCGCUUUUCUUCAUUAUUAUUAGCGGCUCUACUCAGUCGGCAGAUAAAAGUCUUUGAAGAUAUCUCCAACAGUCCCAGACAAAGUGAGCAUGUUGACGUUCAAGCAAUAGAAGAAUCCAAGGUUUUAGUGAUUGUCUUCAGUGCUACUUUAAUAAAACGUCGACGGUAUUGGAAUUUGAAAAAGCUUGAGACGAUCAUAAAGGGGGAAAGAACCGCCGGACAAGUUAUCAUACCGGUGUUCCUUGACACAGAGCCUUGCCAUGUAGUAGCCGAUGAAGUCUUCGCUAGAUUUAAAAUUGGCAAGGAAGAGGCGGUUAGAUGGGUCGAUGCUGUAACCAAAAUUGCUGCGCUACCUGGCCGGAUGUAUGCAAGGGAUGAGAGUGUGUUUGUGGGGAAGAUCUUUCUCAAAGUCAUGAAGAUUGUGAAGCCUAACAAGCCGAUAGUGAAAAAUAGAAGCCGGUGUUCCAUUGCAAUGACCUUCCUCGUCAUCAUCAAUUUGCUCGUAGAGAUUGCUUCAGUGGUUGCGGACCAGUGUUCUUCUGUUGGCAAACUUUACUAUUAGAAUUUAAUAAAACUUACUAUAGAAUUUACA